CAUUGACAUUUAUUAUAUACCGCUGCACUUAUAUUGUUCUUAAACAAACAUACUAAAAUCAAAAGAUAAUUUUACUUAACGCCAUGUAUUAACUUAGCCUAAUAAUGGUAUUUUGGUAGUGGCAGUGGUAGUGGAAAUUAUCUACAUUUGAUGUUCUCAUAUAGGUGCAGCCUAGGGGAAACCAAAAUGUAUGGUAUUAAACCCCAUUCAUUUAAUUUUAAAAAAUAACAAGAACUUAAUGAACCUCGUCUUAUGUUAAUAUUUAAUUGGAAAUGUGACUACAACGCUUAGUAAUGUAAUGUUUACAUAAUUAUUAAAUUAAAAAUAUUUUCUUGGGUUGUGAUGUUAUUUUUUACCUCAAUAUGGGAAAGUUCAGUACCUACAGGUAUUUAGAGUUAAAAGAAAGCAGCUCUUUGGGGCCAGUGAGCUCACGGAGCAUCUCGCUAAAACGACCGCGACGCCUCAAGCGAGUCUUCAUUCUGCUCAUAGUGGUGGCUGUCUGCGGGACUUACCUCAUGGGGCUGUUGGCGGGUCAGCCGCGCUGGCUGGACGGGCUGGCCAAGAGCCUGGGCUACGAGAGCGCGCACCACUACGCCGUGGUCAUCGACGCCGGCUCCUCCGGCACCAGGGUGCUCGCCUACAAGUUCCGCGUGCCCUUCGCAGUAUUCGGUGAGGCAAGCUUGGACCUGGUCGAAGAAUAUUUCGAGCAAUCCAAACCUGGUCUGUCUUCAUAUGCGGACGAUCCGGAGAAGGGCGCCGAGAGCGUGGUGUCUCUGGUGCGCAAGGCGGAGGGCCUGACGCCGGCGGCGGAGCGCGCGCGCACUCCGCUGCUGGUGCGCGCCACCGCCGGCCUGCGACUGCUGCCCCCGCACAAGGCGCAGCGCCUGCUGGAACAUGUCGCCCGCGCCCUCGCACGGCUGGGGUACGCGGCGGCCGAGGGCGGCGCCGAUGUGCAGAUCAUGGACGGCUCGGAUGAGGGCGUCUUCAUCUGGUACACCCUCAAUCUGCUGCACGAUCUGAUGUUGGGCGAGACGAUGGCCGCCCUGGACCUGGGCGGCGGCUCCACGCAGAUCACCUUCCAGCUGCAGGAGGAGGAGGCGGCGCGCGCGCAGCCCGCGGACACGCGCGUGCUGCGCGCCGGCGCCGCCAACCGCACGCUCUACACGCACAGCUACCUGCGGCUGGGCCUGCUGGCGGCGCGGCACGGCCUGCUGCAGCACGAGGCCGGCGCCGACCGCGACAACUUCACCACCGUCUGCGUCGACCCCAUCGUGCAGGCCGAGCCCUGGACCUACGCCGGCCGCCGCCAUCUCGUGAGCGGCGCCCCCCGCCCCCCCGGCAUGAAGCGCGAGGCCGCCUACGCGCGCUGCCACGCCCUCGUGCGCGCCCACACGCUGCGCACGCUGGGCGCGCCCCCGCCCCGCGCGCCGCCCGCCGCCGCCGCCAUGAGCUACUUCUACGACGUGGCGGCGGACGCGGGGCUCAUCGACGUGAUGUCUGGCGGCCGCGUGUCCGUGGCGCAGUACCGCGCCGCCGCAGUGCGCGCCUGCUCCGCCGCCAACGUCGACCAGCCCUGGGCCUGUCUCGACCUCGCCUUCGUCACCGCGCUGCUGCACGACGCGUACGGCAUCCGCGACGACGACCACGUCUCCUUGUUCAAGAAAGUGAACGGACACGAAGUGUCGUGGGCGCUGGGGCUCGCCUACACCACGGUGCGCGACCGCCUGGCCGCCGCGCCCACCGCACCCGGCGCGACCCCCGCGCCCGCCGCAUAG